CUUUGCGACACCAGUGACGCGUUUGCGGCUAUUUUGAGAGAAAUUUUGUCGCACAAAUUUUUUGAACAUGUUCAAAAUUUCAGCGACGAAGGAGCGACACAUGCGAGGAAAUUGACAAGCCCCGCGAAUGUUUCAAGACACUUUUGAAACUCUCUGGCGAAUGACGUUCGCAAGCUGUCGCAGCCCAGUGAGAUGCUGGCUUUACCCCUCGGUGUCACGGAGUGUGUGUGUGCCGUGCCCUGGCAUCCUAUCCAGGGUGAAUUGCGCCCACUGUUUCUUGGAUAGGCUCCAGAUCCACCAUGAUCCUGACCAAGAUAAAGUGUAUUGAUGAAUAAGAGACCAUCUAUUUUGUGACCUCGAAAUUCGUCGGUAUAUAGAUGCACCUGACCGGUGUGUUUCUCAAGCGAGGUCAGUUUUGCCCUUUAAGCUGAUCGUUAUCAGUAAUCUCGAUGUGUCCAAUUCCCACCCUCCAGAUAGGGGAGACCUAUCACACAACAGCUACCAACCAGGAAGGGUGAAGGUCAUUUCUUCCAAGGCAUGCAAUGACAACAUCUUUUUGAACUGCUGCUUAUGCAGAGUUCGGGGAUGGCGUAACACGCUCAGAAGAAAGUGCUGUCCGUCUACUUCCGUAAGCAUGAGCUCACAGAUGUCCAUGAUUGGCUAGCAUCAAUGGAAGUCACAAGCGAGAGAGAUGAUGCCACGCCUCCCUCCCUCCCUCUCUGACAGUACAGGCCAGUUUUGCCCUCUUGAGCGCCUGGACGCGGAUGGCUACGGCAUCAUCAAGAUUCAAACUAUUCCUUUUGAGUGCCAUGGAUGCAUAGGAUCAUCUAUUGUGUCCAAUUUUACUAGCUGUAUCAAUGAGACAGGACGUAAUGAUGCACUGAUCUACCUCGACAACCCAGACUAGCCUGAGUUUACCAGCAACACACUAUAAGGCCCUGUCCACACGGCAACGGAUUCAGGUGACUCCGAUACAAUUGCUUAUCGUUUAGGCCUGGUGUCCGCACGGCACCGGCGUUUUGGGUGCCCAAAACGCAAUCUUUUUGAGAACGGGUUCCAGAGUGGAAAGAUCUGGCAAUGUUGACGUUGUGAAGUCGUCUGGAUGAGUAGAACGGAUUUGUUUACGAUGACGUCACAACCACAUGACUGUGAGUGCUUCAUGCCGGGUAGAAGUGUAACGAACUCGAUGCGAGUUGUCAACAAAUCCUAUAACUUGGUUCAUGAAACGCGCUUACAAAAUAUUUUCACUGUGAAUAUUUAUUGUGUAAUGGUGCAAAGUGAGAGAGAGAGAGAGAGAGAGAGACUCUGCCCUUAGGGCAGAGUCAAUCCCGCCAGCAAAAAUAGGGAAAAAAAGGAGCGAUCUCACCUCUUCAGAUGUUGGUUUAAGUCCGACAAUACAUUCCUCAAAAAGGGCGUAGAAGAGCAAAUUAAUCCAUCGUGUAGCAUUCAAUUUAUUCCGGACCAUUAAAGACGCCGCCUUCCAGGUAGAAUCAUACGUCAUCCUCGCCGCCAUAUUGGAUAGGUCAAAGCAGAGAAUAAAGAUUAGCUGCGUUUAACUGUACCAACAGGUUUACCGUCCAAACGAGAUCACAUGGGAUUACCUUUCACAGGUGAGAAACAACAAAUUAAUCCAUCAACAUGUAGCAUUCAAUUUAUUCUGGACCAUUAAAGAUGCCGCCUUCCGCGUAGAAUCAUACGUCAUCCUUGCCGCCAUAUUGGAUAUGUCAAAGCGGAGAAUAAAGAUUAGCUGCGUUUAACUGUACCAUCCAAACGGGAUCACAUGGGAUUACCUUUCACAGGUAUCAUGUCUUCCAGAGAGCGCCGCACAGAGCUGCACAUAAAGGCUGAGCCCAGCAGUCCAGAGGGCGGAGGUGGCGGCGGGAGGACGAGUCCCGGAGGUGUCUCUUCUGACUCGUCUCAGAGCGGUGGAGGAGGCGUACGGGGAGAAGGAACAGCACGCUACUCGUCGCCUGUAUACAGCCCGGCACUGCGCUGCCACUUUAAGGAAGAUGGAGCCGAUGGUGCAGACGAGGGCUCUACGGGCAGCAGCGGGGGCCGCUGCAAAUACGCCCUGAGCACUCUUCCUAAGAGGCUUUGCCUCGUAUGUGGAGACGUGGCCUCUGGCUACCACUAUGGUGUGGCGUCCUGCGAAGCCUGCAAGGCGUUCUUCAAGAGAACCAUCCAAGGCAACAUAGAAUACAGCUGUCCAGCGUCCAACGUGUGUGAGAUCACCAAGAGGCGCAGGAAGGCCUGCCAGGCAUGUCGCUUUACAAAGUGCCUCAAAGUGGGCAUGCUCAAAGAGGGAGUUCGUCUGGAUCGAGUGAGAGGAGGGAGGCAGAAGUACAAACGGCGGCCAGAAGUGGAGAACGCCAUGUACCAGAGCACACCAAUACCUGUAAAGAAGGAGGGGGAAAGAGGCUCCCCCAGCAUCAUCGUGUCGCAUCUGCUGGUAGCCGAGCCUGAGAAGCUGUUCGCCAUGCCGGAUCCACUGCAGCCCGACACGGCUCAGCGCACCCUCACUACGCUGUGUGACCUCGCUGACCGCGAGCUCGUCGUCAUCAUCGGCUGGGCCAAACAUGUCCCUGGAUUUCUCUCUCUGUCUCUGGCUGACCAGAUGUCUGUACUGCAGUCUGUAUGGUUGGAGGUGCUGGUACUCGGGGUGGCAUAUCGCUCUCUGGGCUGCGAGGAUGAAGUGGUGUUUGCUGAAGACUUUGUGCUGGACGAAGAGAUGUCACGUGUAGCUGGCUUGACCGAGCUGAAUGCUGCCAUCUGCCAGCUGGCACGCCGCUUUAGGGCCCUGCAGCUGGAGCGUGAGGAGUUUGUCAUGCUAAAGGCCAUCGCUCUCACCAACUCAGACUCUGUCUACAUAGAGGACAUCGAGGCCGUGCAGAAGCUGAGGGAUCUCCUGCAUCAAGCUCUGUUAGAGCUGGUGGUGCAACAGCGUCCAGAAGACCCGCAGCGCGCCGGCCGUCUUCUCCUAACGCUGCCCCUCCUUCGGCAGACAGCCAACCGCGCACUCACCACUUUCUACAGUAUCAAGACUCGUGGAGGUGUGCCCAUGCAUAAACUCUUCCUGGAGAUGCUGGAGGCCAUGAUGGACUCCCCCUAGCACGAGGUACACAACCAGGUGAACAACGGGUCAGUGAAAAAAAAAAAGAGGAAGAAAUGAAUCAUUUAUUUGUAAAAUGAAGAGAUUUUUUUUUUAAUCUUUUAAAAAGCAAGCGCAGUGACCGAAAGGCAACCAGAAGUCCCUUCAAACAUCAUUCAUAUGUGAAAGCUUUGCUAUCGAGCAGCAAGACCGGCGAUCCUCUCUCUCUCUCUCGUUUGAUUGGACUUAUUUCACACAUCACUCGGAUACCCUUGUAUCAUUCGAGUGAAUCAGUUUAUUCUCAUACGGUUUCCGAUUGAUUUGCUUUAACAAAUGGGACCUUCCAUCAGUGUAACGUUUAGGGGCUACAGUGGUGCAAGGAGGUGAUGUUCAGUUACUGCUACAUGAAGUCGUAGCACCUCCUUGUGAAACUAUAGCCAAGCCAUACAAAACACCACACACAUAAAUUAAUCCAUUUAUUUAUAGGUGACCUCAUAAAGAGCCAUGUUGAACCUUCUCGCGGUCCCCUUCGUGCAUUUGUGUAGAUCGUUUCACAAGUACUUGCUUUAACAUGUAAGUACUGUCUUGUUUUAUCCAGAUCGUUUUGUGGUUUGAAUUGAAAUAUGCAAGACAUGUACAGGAAUGUUAGACCUACAGGGUGAACAGGGGAUGUAGUUAUUUAGGAGUUACAUGUGACCGGAGCAGAAAUAUAGUACAUGCUAUAACAUGCAAUAUAUUUUAAAGCAAUAUGUAUAAGAAGUGCAAGUCAUGCAUUUUUUUUUCCAUACACAGGGGGCGCUGUUGAGUCAACUUUUUUUUUUUUUUUUGUUCCGAAAAUGUUGCGGUACACAAAGGGAAUGUUGUCAAAUAGGACACGACUCUUAUUCAUACAGUAAUGCACUCUUUAUAUUUUAGCAAUCAGUUCCGCAGAGUGAAUGGCGAGAGAAUCUUGAACUUCGUAAAUGUGUACGUGCGCGUGUGUGUGUGUGUGUGUGUACAGAUGCAUCAGUGCAUUUAGAUCAGGGUAAAAGAGCCACCUCGGGCCCUGUAGGCCAGCUGGCUCUGUACAUGGAGUCUGCUGCUGUGCUGUGGAAAGACGUUGUUUAAUAAUCUGCCUGAAAGAAUUGAGCGUGAGCUCAUGCUCAAAGCUAAUGCUCAAGGCUUCACCCGAUGUCACAAGUUCUUCACGUGACCAAGACGAUAUUAUACACUGGGAAGCCCACGCAGAAGACGGCGCCGAGACCGAUCGUAGCCGUCAGUCAUUUAUGCCUCUGCACUCUGAAUCCUCACUCUGAAAGACUGAAAAGGAACUGAUCCAGGAUCGAGAUGGAGUGAAACUUGAAUCCUCAUGACAGACGUGGAUGCGGCGCGUGGCCGUCAUCGGUCACGCAUCGUAUGACUUUCACUGCAUGAGAGCAACGCUUGGUACAACAUGAAGAGCCUCACAAUAUGAUGUGUAAAAAAAAUAUAAUAAUAAUAAUCCUUCAGUCCAUGAACAUUCUUGUACCUUUUUAUCGACGUUGUCUUGGUUACUGCUGUUUCCAUGCUGUUUUUGGGUGUGUGUUUGUUUUGCAGACAUUUGUCUGGUAUUAUAUGCAAUCAUUUUCAGAGCCCAACAACUACCUUUUUUUUUUUUUUUUUUUUUAAUUUUUGCAUUUUAAAAACUCAACAGUAGGAAGAAAAGCCAACUGCUGUCCAGGCCAAGGCAGAAUAAAUAAGAAAACGGAACCACUAAUGAACAGUUUCAGACCUCCGAGAUUACAGUGAGUCUUCAGGGUGCUUUUCACUGUACGUUUGUAGUAAAGUGUGUGUGUGUACAAGUUACGCUUGCAUCCCAUACACAAAUAAUUCCCAAUUCUACGCUGUGAUUUGAAUUUUUUCUUAGAUAAUUUCCAGUUAAUAUAAACUUAACCUCUUGUAGGAAUCCCCAGCUCAGAAUGCCAUGGGAAUUUCUGAUCCUGUCGUACAAUCUUUGUUUUCUCCUUCCUUUUGUCGUUUGUCAAAGUUUAACUGACUUGAAACAUAGACUUUCCAUAUAUUACAUGUCCUCAAGCUUGGUACAAAAAUAAAGCAAUCUGGUUGAAUGUUGUAAAAUUAUUACUUUCGCUCUUUUUUUUUUUUUCCGCCUCUUUACACUUUUUGUGCAACAUUGUGGUUUUGUUGAGUGCUGCAGAAUAACGAAAGCCAGGGAAAGAUAUUUUCGUGUGUUUUAAUGUGACAAUAAUAAUAAUAAUAAUAAUAAUAGUGUUGCAGAUUUCAGGUGAUCAGUAUGUGGUAUUGAACACUGAGUUAUUUCCUCUAGUUACUGUCUCUUUCUAGCAUGGCAUCAGUCCUGCUACCUGGCCGAAAGCUGUUCGUUUUUUUUUUUCUCCAGUUAGGCUAUCUUUAAUCAACACUAAAAUAAUUUUGGGUUAGUUUCCUGUGGAAGUUUUCUAUAAGUCUUUUCCUCUUUUGUAUAUACAGAGAUAAACACGCCUCUCUGUUCCUGGUCACGUUACAGAAUGUGUACAAAACUAUAGAUGUCUGGGUCCAUUCAAAGGAAGCUGUAAACAAUGUCAAUGUUUGUGUGAAUAAUUAAUAAUAAUUAAUAAUAAUUAAUAAUAAUAAUAAUAGCUACAAUAAUAUUAGCAAAUCAUUCUAAUACAUUAGUGUUUUCACCAACUAUCAACAUUGUAUGAUGCCAUUUUUGUAAUCGUCGACGUUAGAUGAGAUUCUGGGACAUCCAUGAGUGGGGCACAUCAUUUAGAAAUCACUUAAAGUCACGGGUAGCUGUUAGUGUGUCUGUGUAUAUUUAUGUAAAUGAGCAAUACCAGAAUUUACCAAAACUCUGUUUUCACCUUUCUCUGUAUAGUGACCUACUGUAAAUCAAACCUCAGCAGUAACAGUGUUAAAAAUCCACAGAAAUGGUACAGCUUAUAAGGUAAAGAACAAAUCAAUGUUUGUAUUUUAAAAUAUUGUAUUUAAAAGAUUAAAUUCUAUUUUUUACUCAAUUUGCUGAUGUUUAUUAAUAUUAUUUGGUUGUUUUUAUUUUCUGUGGGUUUUAGUAUAAUGAUUGUGGAUGUCUCUGUGUGCUGUUUUUUUUUCUUUUUUUUUUUCCGUAAAGCUAAAUGGUUCUGCAGUAGUGACUCUUUCAGCAAUUUGUUCAUAUUGAAUCACUGUGAUUAAAAGGCAAACACUAAAACACCACAGGAACUUAGGGGUACUUCAAGAUAUUGUCGGUGUCAUGUGUUUUGUAAUAAAAUAACACGCGUCAGAAUUU